AUCUCAUCAGUACAGCCCAUUCCAUCGAGUUGUCUAGCAUUCAUUGCGACUGAGACUGAUUUAGCUUUUGAGUAAAAAAAGUUUAGGAAAUGAGGGGUAAGUUAACUAUUUUUUUUUUGGUUAUUGCUUAGACAGGUAACGUCAAAUUUAAAUGUUAAUUAUCCUCUUUUCAUGAACUAUUGUUUUGAAUUGCUCGACCAACUAGAACUCAUUAAAAAUGUAAAUUUUUUUUCGUCGUAUUUCAAUGUUAGAAAAUUCGUGUCCAUUUCCGCUUCAGAAGUUAUAAGUACCUGCACAUUUCGCAUUCAACAAGAUUGAAAAUUUUUUGUCACAAAUACAUGUGUGUUUUUUGUGUCUGUUAACAUUGUUGGGUGAUCAUGAUGGACCUAAACGAAAUUCAAGAAAAAGAAUUAUUCAACGCUAAUUUUCAAUAUGGUCGCUGGUUGUCCUCUCCGCCAGCCGGCGAGGAAGUAGUCAUAUCUGGCAUGUCCGGCCGAUUUCCAGAAUCUGACAAUGUGUAUGAGUUUCGUGACAAUUUGUUUAACAAAAUGGAGAUGGUUACCGAAAAUGAGAAAAGAUGGAAAAUCGAUCAUCCCAAUGUGCCGAAACGAAGUGCUCACAUUAAUAAUAUUAACAAAUUGGAUGCGGGGUAUUUCGGGCUACAUUAUCGUCAAGCUUAUAAUUUAGAUCCUGCACUGAAAGUUUUGAUGGAAACUGUCGUAGAAGCUAUCAUGGAUGCUGGAGUAAAUCCGCUGGAGCUGAAGGGAAGUAAAACUGGCGUAUUUAUUGGUUUUUCUUACUCAGAUGUUGAGAAUAUUACUUUAUUCGAGACAACGAAAUCGAAAAAUUUUGUCAUUACCGGCUAUAUUAAAUCUUUCCUUGCUCAUCGUCUUAGUUAUUACUUGAAAUUAAAAGGGCCAUCAUUCAUAGUUGACACCGCUUGUAGCAGUUCUGGGAAUGCUCUUCAUUCAGCGUUUAAGUCAAUUAGAAGUGGUGAAUGUGAAAAUGCAAUAGUCGCUGGAUGUAAUUUGACUACCCAUCCUGGAGCUACAAUUCAAUUUUUUCGCUUAGGAGUUUUAAGUCCGGAUGGAGUACCCAGAGUAUUCGACGAGGACGCAAACGGUUACGUUAGAAGUGAGGCUUGUACCUGUCUUUUGCUCCAAAAGUCUAAAAAUGCGAAACGCAUUUACGCACAAAUUAUUAAUACGAAAGUUAACACCGACGGUUUUAAAAAGGAAGGCAUAACAUAUCCUUCUUCGCAAAUGCAGGAAGAGCUUAUGACUGAAAUGUACAAAGAAAGUAACAUUGACUUUUCAAAACUGAGCUACGUCGAAGCACAUGGUACUGGUACCCAAGUUGGUGAUCCUGAAGAAGCUAAUGCUAUUGACAGGGCUCUGGCGAAAAAAUGUAAAAAACAGCUUCUCGUUGGUUCAGUUAAAUCAAACAUCGGUCAUACAGAACCAGUCUCAGGUCUUUGCUCAAUUGUCAAAGUACUGAUUGCUAUGGAAACCGGACUUAUACCUCCUAAUAUCAACUUGAAAAAAGUUCGAAAAGGUCUGGAAGGGAUUGAACAAAACCGAAUGAAAAUUGUGACAGAAGCCACUGAGCUUUUAGGGCAUGAUGCAAUUGUAGCUAUUAACAAUUUUGGUUUCGGAGGCAACAAUUGUCAUGUCAUAUUGCAAAGAUUUAAAAAACACAAAAUCGAUGGUGGACUUCGAAAAGAUGAUGUUCCUAGAUUAAUUUGUGUCAGUGGUCGUACUGAUGAAGCAGUUUUGAAAAUUUUAAAUGAUGUCAGCAACAAAAAUCUAGAUGAUGAAUAUAUUGGUCUUCUCCAUCAGUUGUAUAAAAUGAAUACCCCAAAUCAUUUGUAUAGAGGAUAUGUAGUAGUUUCCAAACAUAGUGUUGUAUCAGAGGCAUCAAAAGUAUUGCCUUCUCGUAGACCACAUUUGCAUGUAUUCUUUGGACAACUCGUCAAUAAUUUCCGCAUAUUGGGUUCUUAUUUGAAGAAAUUUUCAAUCUUUGAAAACAUCGAAACAAGAAUUAAUCAAAUUUUGGUGUCCUAUAAAGUAAAAACGCUUAAAGAAAUCCUACAAUCUGAGAAAAAUGAAAAGGAAGAUGUAUUAGGGUCAAUAUGUUUGCAGUUAACAUUGGUAGAUAUUAUCAAAGAGUUGAAAUUGUUUCCUACUGGCGUUUUCGGUGACACAUCUAGCAGAAUCGUUACUGCUUACUAUAACGGUGUUAUUCAAUUGAAAGAGGCUGUGUCGGCAGCGAUAAAACUUAGUCAUGUAAACUUUGAUUCUAAUAUGAAUUUCCAAACGUCACCAAACUUACGGGAUUUAGAUAAAAACUUAAUGAAGGAGGAUUAUUCAACGUAUGCAAAAUCUAUUAAACCAUCUAAAGGCACAAUUAUACUAAAUGUAUCCGAUCUCCUGCUUAGUGAUGAAGAUAACCUAUUAGUAGAAAAUGGUAGCGUCAAUUUACUGGGUCUGUUAGGAAGAUUAUAUACCGAAGGUUAUCUUCCUCAAAUUCAUAAGCUGUACCCUCAAAUAAAAUUUCCUGUGAGUAGAGGCACUGCCAUGAUUUCGCCUUCUAUUCAAUGGAAUCACGAAAAAUCAUGGUAUACAUACAAAUUUAGUGAAUUUAGAUCAGAUUCUGAGCACGGAGAAUACAGGAUAUCAUUCUUAUACGAGGAACAUCAGUUUAUGAAAGGCCAUUGCAUUGAUGGACGUAACCUUCUUCCUGCUACCGGAUAUUUAUAUUUGGUAUGGGAAACAUAUGUCCAAACUCAUCGAUUAUUAAUCUCCGAUGUUCCUGUAUUAUUUGAGAACUGUAAGUUUAUCAAAGCUGUUCCACUUCCUAGAAGUGGUUACAUAAAGCUGCUUAUAAUGGUUCAAAGAGGCACCGGCAAUUUUGAAAUUCUGGAGAAAGAUUCGUUAAUAGUUAGUGGCCGAAUUCAGCUUUGUCCAAAUGGUACUCAACAACAAGUUACCCUGCCAAAUUCUAAUUUGUUGAGUAACAAUAAAUUAGAAAUCUUGGAACAAGAUGAUAUUUAUCGAGAGUUUUACUUAAGAGGUUACAAUUACAGCGGUUUAUUCAAAUCAAUUAAACGAUGCAACGUAGACGCUUCUGUUGGUCUGAUUAAAUGGGAAAACAACUGGUGUGCUUUCAUGGAUAACAUGCUUCAAAUGAAAAUUCUUCAGUCUGAUACAAGGUUGCUUUAUGUGCCCACUGGCAUUAGCAAAAUUAUUAUAGAUCCCUCAAAACACAUGGAUGUUGUCAACGAACAAGAUAUACAAAAUUGUCUUCUACCUGUUUAUGUGGACAAGAAUUGCAACUUGAUCAAGUCUGGUGGAAUUGAGAUACAUGGAGUACAAGUAAAAUCUGUUUUCAAGAAAAAACCACGACUGGAACCAGUUUUAGAAAAGAAUAUAUUUAUCCCAAAUAAUUUAUCGUUAGGAUUGGAAGAAGCAGUGAGAGUCAACACGCAGUUAAUCUUAGAAAAUAGUUUGGAAACUAAUUUCAAAGCUGUGGAAAUUAUCAACGAAUUUACGGACCCAAAUGCUGAACACAUCACAGUUUUUGUCAAUAAAACCUUAGAACAUAUCCCUUUACUAACUCCUGAUCUCACCAUUUCGUCAAAAACUAUCACAACUGAGACAACAGGUAUAAAAUUUGAAAUUAUUACGUUAACACCAGAAAGUGGCAUACUUUUGUACAUUGGGAGUAAAAUUCUACAACAGUCAAAUACUUUAAAACAAUGCUUGGUGCCUCUUAGCAAAAAUGGAUUUAUUCUAACACGGGAAGAUAUCAGUUUCAGUUUACACAACGAUAUUAGUGAAGUAGACGUUCUAACCGAUUAUUUAACACCAAAUGAAAGAAUACUUUUAAUGAGGAAAAAAGUGGAAAAUCAUAAGCCCAAGUUUAUUGAAGUAUCUUCGAAUAAACUCAACUGGAUACCAAUGUUACAAAUGGCUUUAUAUCUUGGAAAAGAUGUUAUAGCUUACGCGACAAAUCGAGAUCCCGAAGGAAUAUUGGGUUUAAUAAAUUGCAUCAGACGAGAAACCAACGGAAACUUAGUAAAGUGUUUCUUUAUAAUGGACGAUGCUCCGGAAUUUGAUCCCCAACAUCCAUUCUACAGUAAACAAAUUAGUAAAAAUUUGGCUGUAAAUGUAUAUAAGGAUAAAUCGUGGGGAACAUAUCGACAUUUGCUUUUGGAGAAUAGGUCAAAGAUUAACUGCGAACAUUCGUAUGCAUAUUUUAAAAGUAGAGGAGACAUAUCCAGUUUCGAAUGGUUAGAGGGACCUUUAUCUGAAAAAGUACCAUUAAAAGACGGAAAACUUUUGGUUUCAACCUGUUAUUCAUCGGUCAACUUUAAAGAUAUAAUGACCGCUUCAGGCCGUGUAAAUCCGGAAAUAUUCCAACCCUAUCGACUUCAUCAAGAAAUUCUAAUAGGAUUUGAAUUUUCAGGACUAGAUUUAAGUGGUCGGAGAAUAGCGGGAAUGACGAACACUCAAGGUAUUUCUUCUUAUUUUAGUUUCGAUUCUUCUUUAGCCUGGAAAAUACCAGAAUCAUGGACACUUGAAGAUGCAGCAACGGUUCCUGUUGUCUAUUGUACUGUUAUUUAUGCUUUGUUAGCGAUUGGCGAUAUGACGCCGGGUUCUUCCGUUCUUAUUCACUCAGCUACUGGUGGUAUUGGACUAGCUGCCUUGAACGUUUGUCUUCAUUAUAAAUGUGACAUUUACGUAACUGUUGGCACUCAGGAAAAAAGAGCUUAUUUAAAAGAAAAUUAUCCAGAAAUUCCAGACCAUCAUAUUGGAAAUUCACGAGACACCUCAUUUGAACAAAUGAUCAAAAGAGAAACACGGAAUAGAGGAGUUGAUCUGAUUUUGAACUCUCUAAGUGAGGACAAACUCCAGGCUUCUAUUAGAUGUUUAGCAAGAGGAGGAAAAUUUAUGGAAAUUGGCAAAUACGAUUUGGCGAAUGAUAGUUCUUUAAAACUUUUGCUCAUGAAAAAUGGCGCCAGCUAUCAUGGUGUAUUGUUAGAUCUCGUUUUCAGAAACUUUAAAGAAAUGCAGUCUAAAUUGGUAGACCAUUUAGCAGAAGGAAUUGGAACAGGUUUUAUAAAACCACUUCCCAGGGUUGUGUUCAAUGCAGAUGAAGUUGAAAAAUCGUACAGAUACAUGAUGACAGGUAAACAUAUUGGUAGAAUACUGGUUAAGCUGCGGAACGAAGAAGACAGUGGCAGUAAAUUCCAGAUAAUGUCAAAUCCACGUUUCCACUGUGAUUUGCGUUACACCUACGUCGUUAUUGGAGGACUAGGUGGCGUUGGUUUAGAAUUAAGUGACUGGUUGAUUUUGAGAGGUGCAAGAAAACUAGUACUAGCGUCGAGAUCGGGCAUUCAAAGUGGUUACCAACAGCAAAGAAUAAAUAUUUGGACAACAUAUGGGGUGGAAGUUAAAAUUUCUACGAAAGAUGUAAGCACUGAACGAGGGUGUGAAGAUUUAAUUAAAGAAGCGACUGAGCUGGGACCUGUCGAUGCUAUUUUUAACUUAGCUGUUGUCCUUAAAGAUGCACUAUUUGAAAAUCAAACUGAAGAGAAUUUCGAAGCUUCGUUAGCACCAAAAGCUCGCGCUACACUAUAUUUGGAUCGAGUCACUAGGAAAUGGUGCCCAAAGCUGAGGUAUUUCGUUGUAUUUUCGUCAGUAUCCUGUGGUCGUGGGAAUGCGGGUCAAAGCAACUACGGUAUGGCAAACUCUGUUAUGGAAAGGAUAUGUGAGAAUCGACAACGAGCAGGUUUACCAGCUGUGGCUAUCCAAUGGGGCGCAAUCGGUGAAGUUGGUUUGGUAGCGAAAAUGCAAAAGGAGAAUAAAGAAUUAGUGAUUGGUGGUACUCUUCAACAAAAAAUUUCAAGCUGUCUUGAGGUGUUAGAUAUCCUAGUAAAACAUAACUAUCCCGUUGUGUCCAGUAUGGUAGUUGCCGAAAAAUACAAUCAUAGUGGCAUUUUGACUGCAGUAGAAGCGGUUGCUCAAGUUUUAGGAAUAAACGACAUGAAAACUAUAAGCCAGUAUACAACAUUUGCAGAACUUGGUAUGGAUUCGUUGAUGGGUGUUGAGAUUAUUCAAAUUCUGGAGAAAGAUUUUGAAAUCUACGUAACAUCUAAAGACGUGAGAAGUUUGACAUUUGCGAAACUGACUGAGAUGGAGGCAGAGAAUUUGAGUAAAUCUGGAAAAGUUGUAAACCAAAAAGUAGGGGAAGGCACAAAUUUGCUCAUUAAGUAUAUUCCCAACAGCGAAACUAGUCAAUUGCCUGUUUUUAAAUUAAACAGUCAAAUUGAUUCACACCUAGAGGCUCCAACCGUGUUCGUAUUACCAGGAGUGGAAGGCGUUUUCAAACCACUAGAAUAUUUGACAAAUUCGUUAAAAGCUCACGUUACAGGAAUACAGUACAGCUAUAAAAAUCCUGAAGACAGUAUUGAAGAAACUGCACGUAAUGCAUUGCCGUAUAUCGAAAAUUGUUUAUCCAGGAAUAUCCGCUUCUGCAUGAUUGGAUAUUCAUUCGGAACUUUGGUCGGUCUAGAAAUGAUCAGUUUGUUAGAAGAGAAAGGUUAUCAUGGUAUCAUGAUUCUAAUCGACGGCUCACCAGCAUACAUAACUUCGUCUCUAAAAAAACAAUUCCCUCAUCAAACGGAUGCCGAGUUCCAGACAGCGAUUUUGAGCAAAAUCUCUUCAUUUGUGAUUCCGUUGGAUGUAUUUUCGCAAUAUGAGGAAACGUUGUUGAAGUGCAAAAAUUUAGAAGAUCGAAUGGAUUUGUGUCUUUCGUUGGUACCUCCUGAAACAAGUAAUAAACAAAAAAUAGAAAAGCAGGCAGGUGUUGCACUGUACAAUCGUUGUAAAGCUAUACUGAACUACAGAUUUAAAAACAAGAAAAUCAAAUCGGCUGUGCAUUUAUUGAAGGCAAAAUCUUCUAUGGUUGAAGAAGGAGUUGAUUAUCAGUUGUCGGAAGUAAGCGAUAACCUAGCACAAGUAACUAUAAUAGAUGGUGACCAUGUAACAAUUUUAAAUAGUCCAGAUCUUGUAAAAGCUGUUGGCGACAUCGUAGCCCCGAAAACAUAA